AUGGGUAAUAAACGAUUUUCUUUCCGAAGGUUCUCCAGGAAACUUUCGGGCAAGAAGCCAAAUCACACUCAGGCAUCACACCGUGACGGCUCAUCUACGAAGGACGAUGCGUCAGUCACAGGCAUCGUCAGUACCUCACAGUUAAUUACAGAUCUUUCCACCCCGAAACUGGCCCCGGUUGAGAAGGGGACUGAGACAGAUAGCAGAACACAUGGAACAGCUGAAAAAGAUAGUACCUCAUCCCGGAGCACCACUCAGAAGCAAGAUUCGGAUGGCUUUAAUAGAGAACCUCCUUCUGCUUCUCUCGGCGACAACGCAUACGAUUCUCUUGAACAGGACUUGCCUGAGUUUCCAUCUAAAUCUGAUGCUACCAGCCGAAUCAACCAUGACGCGAGGAUGGAAGACCAGGAGCCCCCUGAACACGAAGUAGUUGAUAUGAAGUGCUCAGAUCAGACGCAUAUCAUUAAAAGUUCACCUUCACUAAGAAGCAGUAUCGGUAUUAUCUGUCCUACUCCCUGUGAAGGAUCCCAAGCGGGAUCAAAUCGGAACUCCACUAUGUCACUAGCUUCAACGAUUUCAUGGAAGGGAAAGAGGAACGCACAGAUUGGGCCAUGGCAACUGGGAAAGGUACUUGGGAAUGGUCGCACCAGCCGGGUUAGGCUGGCCACACAUGCUGUGACAGGGCAGCCUGCUGCAGUCAAGAUCGUGUCUAAGGAGUCUGCCAGGACGGUACAGCCUAAAAGCAUUGCCGCUAUGGCGAAAACUGUCGACUGGUUGACUGGAACAUGGGGGAAUCAAAUGCCUCGCAGCAUCGAUCGACAAGCGGUAAUUAUGAAGCUCAUCAAUCAUCCAAACGUCAUCAGUUUGUACGACGUGUGGGAGAGGAGUGGUGAACUAUAUUUGGUAAUGGAAUAUGCUGAGCGUGGUGAGCUAUUUCAUUAUUUGACCGCCACCGGUGAUUUACAAGAGGAAGAGGCAGUGCGAAUCUUUCGACAACUCAUUGCCGGACUGGGCUAUUGCCAUCGAUUCAAUAUUUGCCAUGGAGACCUCAAACCAGAGAAUAUCCUGCUAGAUAGUUCUGGCAAUGUUAAACUCGCAGACUUCGGCAUGGCCGCCUUUCAACCCGCUGAUCACUGGCUAUACACUUCGUGUGGAAGCCCGCAUUAUGUCGCGCCUGAAAUAGCCAGGGGUCACAAGUAUCAAGGUGCUAUCGCGGACAUUUGGAGCUGUGGUGUCAUCUUAUACGCCUUAUUAGCGGGGUUUCUUCCUUUCGACAGCGACGAUUUAGUAAGUACACUACGCUUAGUAAAGAAAGGUGUUUACACAAUCCCAUCACACUUCAGCACUGAGGCCGCAGACCUCAUCAGGCGGACACUGCAAACGGAACCAAAGCAGAGGAUUAGUAUGGAGGACAUGUGGCAACACCCCCUUUUGAAUAAAUACGAACGGUUUCAUGAACGAACUUUUAACUAUGCCCUCGGUCCAGCGCCUCCGCCGUCAGCGGAAGACUGUGGUGCACCGUUGGCAGCACAGGACAUUGAUAUGGAUUUGGUACACAAUCUCCAAACACUGUGGCAACAUGCUGAACCAGAUAUACUACUAAAGAGGCUACUAAGUACGGAGUACGUCAUUGCCGAUCUGAAACUCCAUCCUUAA